CCUUCAGCAUACAUUUUCGCGCGUAAUAUCGAACAGGGGGCGAAUUACAUAACAUUUCACUUUUUGGGGUUACAAAACAGUAACAGUGAGACGAAAGCAUGCUCGGAAUUGCCGAAUUCUACAAAUCCUCUCCCAAAACCAUGCCGAAAACGAAGAGGGCCCCGACGGAAGUGGCAAGUGCCAUUGUGACGAAGAAACGAAUGACUAGAAGCUCAUUUGCUCCGUUGGACCAAAACAGGACAGGUAUCAACGUUAAAGUAGAGAAUGAAACAAAGAAGUCGGGUAGGGUUCGUUCUGUCAAAAAGGAAAAACGAGUGGACAUCAUGAAAAAGAAAGAAGAAUCUUUUGAGGAGGAGGACCAGUUGCUUGGCAACCAAGGAAGCGAUGAUGAAGAUUCCGAUUCUGACGAAUCUGUUGAUUAUGAGAAGAGGAGACUUCAGAAUAUCCAGGAGAACAAACGCUUCUUUGAAUCCUUGGGCAUUCUAAAGACUAAAAGCACACUGUCUACGCCAGCUCAGAAAAAGACAGCCGUCGUCAGAGGAUUGAAAAGUGAGAAGAAACCACCCGUAGUCAUACAAAGACGUGCUCCAUCUUUGCGAAUCCGAAGACUCGACCCAUCAGGGGCAUCACUACCGGACAUUCCGGAACAACCGAGUCUGAACUGGGUUGAAGGAAGUGAUUCCUACAGACAUGCAAGAAAACCCUCAGGACCUCUGGAGAUGAAACCGACAAACAGCGGCACAGAAGACAACGGGGAGCUUUCCUUCCCCCUCAUCGAAACCGUUUCACAACUCUCAAAAUCGACGUCGCCUUCGGAUCGAGUCGUUUCGAAGGACCUGCUGGCCCUGACCAAGACGCUACAGGGUCUGAAACUGGCUCCGGAGCACCUGGCCAAAGUGACCAAAGACAGAAUUUUCUCGGUUGCAGUCCAUCCGUCCGAGACCAAGGUCAUCGCCUGCGCUGGUGACAAGUGGGGACGGAUCGGAGUGUGGGAUGUGGAUUCCCACGAUGGUAAUGAUGGUGUGUACCUCUUUGAACCACACUCUCGGCCCGUCUCAUGUCUCCAGUUUGCCCCCAGCAAUCCGUCCAAACUCUACUCUUGCAGCUACGACGGCACCAUCCGAUGUGGCGACUUUCAGAAAGGCAAAUUCGAUGAGGUGUAUACCACGGACGUUAACGAGGACAUUUACUGCAGCCAUUUUGACUUUCUAAGUCCCGAUGGAUGCAAGCUGCUAGUGAGUCAGAACUACUGCCGGCAGGGACACGUUCAAAUAAAUGACUCCAGGCUUCGUUGCCUCACCUCUCAAGAGGGUUACUUUCUUCAAACCCGGUCGAUCAAGACGGUGCACGUUAAUCCAGCCAACUCGAAUCACUUUAUCACUGCUGCUUCCGAUGGGACUGUUGCAUUAUGGGAUCUUCGGAACCUCAAGCAGAAAGGCCUGUGCAAGAACAUCUCUUCCAUUUCGUUCCAUCGCUCUACGUCGUCUGCUUAUUUCUCCCCUGUAACGGGACGUAAGAUCAUCGCAACGUCGUUGGACGACAAAAUCAGAUUUCUGACCGUGGCUGAGAGUGGUAAGAUGGAAGUCCAAACAUCUAUAAGUCAUGAUAAUCACACAGGACGCUGGUUGUCUAAUUUCCGCUCUGUGUGGUACCCUGGACGGGAAGAUGCAGUGAUCAUCGGAAGUAUGUUGAGACCACGAAGGAUCCAAGUGUAUGGAGAGGGAGGAACGUUGCUGCACACGUUGAUGGACGAGGAAUCUCUUGGGUCGGUCUGCUCCAUCAACGCCUGUCACCCAACGAGGGACAUCAUUGUCGGGGGAAACUCCAGCGGAAAACUUCAUGUCUUCAUGUAACAAAAAAAAAAAAAAAAAAAGACCCAAUGUUUUGGGGUGUUUUGUUGUUUUUUAGACAAAAGAGAAGAGAGAAUUGCUUCACGUCUUCAAGUAAAGGACCAAAGAAGAAAAGACCCAAUGUGUUGGGUGUUUUGUGUUUUUUAGACAACCGAGAAGAGGGAAUAGAAUUUCCAGCUGAAAACUUCAUAUCUUCCGGUAAAGGACCGAAGAAGAAAAUACCCAAUAUUUUGGCGAUGUUUUUUUUAGACCAAAGAGAACGUGAUGUCUUGAAAUUAAUACCAAAGAUUCAUUUUUUGUUUGAAAGUUGUAAAUGCAAGAGAACUUGUUUGGUUCAGAGCUGUGUGUGGCAUUUGGUGCUCGAUAUUUGGGGCAUGGUGGUAACCCCCCCCCCCCCCCUAUUGUGUUUAAUUGGUGAAGUUCGCGCAAUGAUUAUCAAGGGGUUGUUUAGUGACCUACGUAGGUAAUGCGCACAUAAGUUGAAGUCAACGGCAGCGGAACACUUUUAAAAGUGUGGGGGGGGGGGUUUCCUAUGUCAGUCAGAGUAUGUGUUUUUCAAACAUCAUG